GACGUCUGAACCGUUUCACACCAAACCCUCUGAAUACAUGUCUCGGAUUUUGAAAAACUGGUGGAGUUCCCUUUAAACUCCCGCUGACUUCCUCUGCCUUUGGCACUGAGGUGUGAGAAGUCUGCAGGUGCGUCUGCGCGCAGGUGAGAGGCGCGUGGCCUCAUCAAACACAGUCGACUCAGCGCAGGCGUUGGCUUCUGUAUCCCUCCGCCGAGCGGAGCACCUUUUUUAAACAGAAACGGCCGCUUUAUCUUGAAAUAGCUAGGACCCUCGCGAUGAAUAAAUAAAUACCGCUCAUAUCAAAUACUCACACUUAUUUAUUAGUAUUAGUAUUACUCAUUAUAUAGGUUAAGUAUUAUCGCAUUCGCAAGAAAAACUAAAUCGGACCGCUUUUUGGUUCUGAUGAUAUCACUCCGCCGAACGGAACUCAUUUUCCUGUCAGGUUGCUAGGCGACAGAGGCCCGGCUAUAGCUAGCUAGGUCCUUCACUUUAAAUAAAUAACGCAGCUUAUGGUUAAUUUGUUUUACUUAACGCUGUGAUAAUUUGGCGAAUGUUCUUAUAUUCAGAAACAGCAGCGGGAGAGUUUGUCUGUGCAGUGACUUGAAAGGCAGAGACAGAAAAUUACAAGUAAACAGAAACGAAUCUGCGCUUUAACGUACGUCGCCUCGGUUUGGUUCCCACGUGGGACUUAUGGGUAAUGUAGUUAUGAUAAAUAUAUAAUUAACGGGCUGUCCUGCUACGCGCGUGCUAUUUUCGCGCCUAGCUGUGAGCGCGGGUCUCUGUUUGAAUUUGGACUUCAAAGGCAGCGCGCGUGACGUGGUGUUCCUUUAUAAACGGUCCUCCAGCGCGCGCCUGUCGGACCCGCUUAUACAUUCGACUACAGCAGACGCUCCCUCGCGCUCUGGCCCGCGCUCUCUGUCUGACGAUGCCGCGGCUCGCGCGCCUGGCCGCCGUCCUGCUGGUCGGAUUCGCUGUGGCGGAGAAAGUCUUUCACCGCCGCGAUCACUCGGAUGUAGUUCCGCCCUCCUCCCGCCAGGCGGCGCUCAUCACCGACACUGACACAGCCGAGCAAUUUCUCUUCAAGUAUGGGUUCAUUAAGGCAGUGAAGUGGGAGGAGCCUCCAGCCGAGAGUUCUGACGUGCUUUUUGAUGCGGAUGUGCUCCUGGAGGACGCUGACCCUUUUGUCCAGGAGGGGGCGUCCUCGUCUCGCUCAGGAAGUUCCGGAGGUGCCUCACAGUCGCCUGACUUCGUCAAAGCCCUCCGAGAGUUCCAGAGGGUGUCUCGUUUACCCGUCACGGGCCUUUUCGAUGAUGCCACCAAAGUGGCCAUGAACAAACCCAGGUGUGGUGUCCCAGAUAAAGAAGAGGACCUGGUUGAGACCACGCAGGCUAGCCCCACUGCACAGGACCUGAAUGAGGCUUCCACAUACAGUGGUACCACUCCUGAGCUUUACAGCUACGCAGUGACAACCAACUUCACCAUCGUUCUGAAUGGCACCACCAACGAAACCCUGGCUCGGCCUAAGCCAGUCACAGGGAGAAAGCGCCACCUAGCUGAGCUGGUGCGUAAGAGCAGGCGGAAAAGAGAGACCGGUGAUUGGGGCCACAUGGCGUUCUCUAAGAGCGUUCUCAGGUGGAGGCUCAUUGGUGAGGGCUACAGCAGCCAGCUCUCCGUCGAUGACCAGAGGUACGUCUUCAGACUGGCCUUCAGGAUGUGGAGUGAAGUCUCCCCUCUGGAGUUUGUCGAGGAUUUGCACUCACCACUGGAGGAGAUCGACAUCAGACUGGGCUUCGGGACAGGACGACACCUUGGCUGCGCUCAGCGGUUUGAUGGGGCUGGAAGGGAGUUUGCUCAUGCGUGGUUCCUCGGUGACAUCCAUUUCGAUGAUGAUGAACAUUUCACGGCCCCUAACACAGGGAACGGAAUCAGCUUACUCAAGGUGGCCGUGCAUGAAAUCGGACACGUCCUUGGCCUGCCUCAUAUUUACCGUGCGGGAUCCAUCAUGCAGCCCAGCUAUCUGCCGCAGGACGCUGGCUUCGAGCUCGACUGGCUCGACAGGAAGGCCAUUCAGAACCUCUACGGAGGCUGUAAGGGCCGGUUCAGCACUGUGUUUGACUGGGUCAGAAAGGAGAAGACCCAGUACGGCGAAGUUGUGGUGCGUUUUAACACCUACUUCAUGCGGGACGGCUGGUACUGGCUGUACGAGAACCGGAAUAACAGAACCCGUUAUGGAGAUCCGGUGUCAGUGCCGGUUGGAUGGCACGGAAUUCCUGCGGCUGGCGUGGACGCAUACGUUCACGUGUGGACGCGCAAGACAGAUGCAGCGUAUUUCUUUAAAGGUACGCAGUAUUGGAGGUACGACAGCGAGAGCGAUCAGGUCUUCUCUCGGGACGGUGAUGGGCAGCGAUAUCCACGUCUCAUCUCAGAGGGCUUCCCUGGAGUCCCCAGCCCCGUCGACACGGCCUACUACGACAGGAGAGACGCUCACAUCUACUUCUUCAGAGGCUCGAUGGUUUAUAGAUUUGACGUCAGAUCUAACCGACUAGCCGCUGGCUCUCCCAAGAAGAUGACCGAGCUGUUUCCUGCUGUCGCCGCAGGUGACCAUCCUGUGGCAAAUCUGGACGCAGCUUACUUCUCAUAUACUCACAAUGCACUCUUCCUGCUCAAGGGCUCCUCCUACUGGCGGGUGGUGGGGAGCAGAGAGCGCAGGCUGAAGGCUUGGCUGCCCUACAACAGCCUUCUGCCCAGGAGAGAGGUGGACCAGGAGUGGUUCGACAUCUGUGACGUCCACGUCAGCUCUCUGAAGACCGCACGCAGGUGAUGGACGGUUUAUGCUGUUAAUGGUUGGACAGCGCAGUGGAUAACAAUCGCCAUGCACUUAGAAGAUUCACCUGGUAAUGCAAGUCUCCCUGGAUAAGAGCAUCCGCUAACUGCACAGUGGAGUAAACAUGAGCACGGAUGUUUGGAUCAUAGACAGUGAUGCUGAGACUUUUCUGUGGAAUGAUGUUUGGCUGUGCCGCCCCUAAAGACACUAAAGGACAUUUUCUUUGGACCAAACUGGAAUUCCAGUGGUUUUUCACCAUUUAACACAAGUACAUUUCUACUCAUACAAUCAAAAUGUUUGGCUGCUAGGUCAGAUAAUUUUUUUUUUACGUGAAAAUAAGUUAAAACAUGCUAUACAGGGAAAACUCUUAAAUAUGGGAUGCUGCAAAAUUCAGACACAGAUUUCUUUACAGUGGUGGUGAUGGGAACCAGGCGUCGCCAUGACUACAACACAGAUAUAGACACUUUAUUUACCAUCCAGAGCCACCAGAGAACCUACACGAGUCU